CACCAUCACUAUGUCCCCCGCCCUUGAAAGCUCAUCCCUAGAGCCCAUCGCGGUUGUUGGCUUGGGCUGUCGCUUCUCUGGCGAGGCCUCUUCAGUCGAAGGCUUCUGGAACCUGCUACGCCAUGGCCGCAGCACUCACGGCCGUGUUCCCUCGAGCCGGUAUGAAGCCUCGGCCUGGUAUCACCCGUAUCACGAACGGAAAGGAGCUAUCAACCAUGAGAGUGGCUUCUUCCUCGAGGAAGAUCCGGCCUACUUCGAUGCCCCCUUCUUCUCCAUCACCGCCAAAGAAGCCGCCGGGAUGGAUCCAGCCCAGCGUCUGUUGCUCGAGGUGGCCUACGAGGCCUUUGAGAAUGCCGGCGUGCCUAUCGAGACUCUCCCAGGCAGUCGGACCGCCGUCUUCUCUGGCUGCAUGACCAACGAUUACGAGCUGCUGUCCACCUCCGAUCUAUACGAUAUGCCUCACAAUGCAGCCACGGGCAACGGGCGGACCAUGCUGGCGAACCGCCUGUCCUGGUUCUUUGACCUGCGCGGGCCGAGUGUCAUGUUGGAUACUGCCUGUUCCUCGAGCUUGACGGCCCUCCAUCUCGCGGUUCAAGCCUUGCGGGCGGGAGAAUGUGACAUGGCCCUUGUCACCGGCACAAGUCUUAUUCUCGACCCCAACUUCACCCAGAGACUCAGCUACAUGCACAUGUUGAGUGCGGACGGAAUCAGCCAUUCCUUUGAUAUCAAAGCCAAUGGCUACGGACGCGGCGAAGGGGUCGGCGCCGUGGUGUUGAAAUCCGUGCGGACCGCGAUUGCCAACCAGGACGGCAUUCGUGCCGUUAUUAAAGCUACAGGGAUCAACCAGGACGGCCGAACGCCGGGGAUCACCAUGCCCAGCCGCGAUGCCCAGGCUGCCCUUAUCCGCAGCGUCUACAAUACGCCGGGCCUACCAUCAAUGCGAGAGACCGCCUAUUUCGAAGCCCACGGCACCGGCACAGAAAUUGGCGAUCCCACUGAGCUAUCGGCGAUUGGGGAUACCCUGGGGGCGGCAAGACAGACCGACGACGAACCGGUCUAUGUAGGGUCUGUGAAGAGCAAUAUCGGGCAUACCGAGGGCGCCGCGGGCGUGGCCAGUAUAAUCAAAGCCGUGCUGUGUCUCGAACACGCAAUGCUUGUCCCCAACGCGGGAUUCUCGCAGUUGAAUCCGCGCAUUCAUCUGGACGAGUGGCGUCUCAGGCUCAGCGACGCAUGCAUCCCCUGGCCUGCCCAUCUCCCCCUGCGUCUGAGCAUCAAUUCCUUUGGGUUCGGGGGAUCCAAUGCCCAUACAGUUCUAGAGAGUGCCGAUGGUUAUGUGAAGCAGGCUGCAGCCCCUGAUGCCUCUAAGGCGCCCCGGCCCCUUCAACUGGUGGUAUUCUCGACCCAGGACCAGGCAGGCCUGGCGCGAACCACUGCGCGAUGGAUCCAGUUCCUUCAACGGCAGUCAGAGCCUCACGCUGGACUCAUCGAUCUUGCAUACACGAUGGCCCGGCGCUCGCAGCUCGCAUUCCGCAGCUUCGCUGUCGCCGAUUCCCAGACCUCCCUCGCCGCCAGGCUGCAGCAGGGCCUUCCGUCGUUCCCUAGGGCCAGUCGCACUACCCAGGCCAACGUUGCCUUUAUUUUCACCGGGCAGGGUGCUCAAUGGGCCCGGAUGGGAGUCGAGCUGUUGGCCUGUCCUGUCUUUGCCCAGAGUCUUCAAACCAGCCAGGAAAUCCUCACUGCUCUUGGUUGUCCAUGGAAGCUGCUCGACGAGCUACAGGCCAGCGCUGGCAAGUCGGCCUUGAACCAGCCAGACCGUAGCCAACCGCUGUGCUGUGCUUUGCAGGUGGCCCUGGUGGACCUUCUGGCCAGCUGGGGGACUCGCCCCAAGGCUGUCGUUGGCCAUUCCAGCGGGGAAUCUGCGGCUGCAUAUGCAGCGGGAUUCAUCUCCCAGGCCGACACAAUGAAAAUCGCCUACUGCCGGGGCGUCUGCUCGCGGCAAGUGGCCGAGCAGGGAGCCCGCGGAGCCAUGUUGGCUGUCGGGAUAUCACCAGAAGACGCCCAGCGUGCCUUGCGGCAGCAGGGAGUACCCUCACAAGCGGUAGUGGUCGCCUGCGUCAACAGCCCAUCGAGUGUCACUCUCUCCGGCGAUGCAGACCAGAUCCAAAGGAUAGAGAAACACUUCCAGGCCGAGAACCGGUUUGCCCGUAGGCUUCGUGUGGACGUCGCCUAUCACUCACCACACAUGCAAGCCCUGGCCUCCGAGUGCGCGCGAUUGCUGGAGAGCGUGCAACCGAUGGCAAAAGCCACCGCGUCGCCGGUGACGAUGUUCUCGUCUGUCACCAAGGAACGUGUUGCACCGCACGAGCUCACGGCGAGUUACUGGGUGCGCAACAUGGUUCAGCCCGUCGAGUUCACCGCGGCUGUUUCCCAAAUGGCCCGGAUGACCGUCACGGCAAAGGGCAGUCGCCGGCGUGUCUCCCCCGUGAAAUGGGGCGUCUGGGUUGAGAUAGGCCCGAACGAUACCCUACGAGGCCCCGUGGCGCAGAUCCUACAGGGGUUAGACACCCCGAACUUAGGGGCUCUGCCCUAUCUCGCCCCUGUACGCCGGGGCACCGACGCCCUAACCACCGCCCUCCAGGCAGCCGGCAGUCUAUGGAGCCUCGGCGCCAGGAUCGACAUCCACGCAGUCAACGAGAGUCUUGUCCGUGUCCAGCCCCGGCUGGCCGUCGACCUGCCCGCCUAUUGCUGGAAUCAUACGUCGCGGUUCUGGCAUGAACCCCUGGAAUCCACCCGCCGGCGACAGCGCAGAGAACCACGCCACGAUCUACUCGGCGCCGCGUGGGAACCACAAUGCACGAGCGAGCCCCGUUGGCGCAACUUCCUACGCAUCGCCGAGCUGCCCUGGCUGGCCGACCAUGUCGUCGCGGGGUCUAUCCUGUUCCCUGCUGCAGGGAUGGUGGCCAUGGUGGCCGAAGCUGCGCGGCAAAUGGCCGAUGCGAGCAGUCUCGCGUUCUCGGGCAUCGAAUUCAACGAUCUGGCAUUCAAACGCGCUUUGGUGGUCACCCCUGACGAACGAGGCGUCGAGACCGUGCUACAGGUGUGUCUGCACCCCAGUCUGGCGGGAUGGUAUGAGUUCCGGCUGUUCUCGUUGCCCUCAUCUUCCGAAUCGGUACUACACGCCACCGGCGCAUUCACACACCAUCGUGACGCCUCGGGAAUCCCUAUCCAAGAUGCAGCCUGGGAGGAGACCGUCCGUCGGAUGCGUGGUGUCCAGCCUGUUGCUGCGGCCAUCGAUAUCCACGCCGUUUAUUCCUGGCUCUCCGAGACGGGAGGAGUGACGCUGGGCCCAGCCUUUCGAUCCCUAACGGGCGCCUUGUUCUCUUCAUCCAUGGAAGAUGCCAGCCUAUGCACAGAGGCUGUGGUGCCGGACACGCAGCGAACAAUGCCGCAUGAAUACGAAUCCCCAUGUUUCAUCCAUCCCACGGCGCUCGAUGCCCUGUUCCAGACGGCUGUCCUCUCCGCUUCAGAGGCAUUGGGGAAUGCCAAUUCCAGGAUUCCUGUUGCGGUCGAUCGGCUGUAUCUUUCCACAGAAUGGCUGCUACACGCCGGUGAUCCCUUUGCUGUUUAUACCGAGUCUCGCGGGGGACGACGGGAUGUCAUUGCCGCCAGACCGGACUGGGUGCAUCCUGGAGUCAUUCUCCAGGGAAUCCAGCUGGGGAAUGUGGCUGCAAGGAAGAAGAAGAACAAUAAGAUAGAUGUCGCUUCCACUUCCAAGUUGUGCUCAUCUCUCGAAUGGAUAGAGCAUCUGGAAUCCCCGACCAGCCCGGCCUCUGCAGCAGAUUGGGCCCGACGGCUGUGUUAUACCCACGGCGAUGCCCGGGCUAUGGUCAUCACAAACCAGGCGAGCAUGUCAAUCACCAGUCUGCGGUCCCUGAUGCCCCAGAGCCGUCGACCCUGUCUCCAUGAGCUGCUGGUGCUGCACGUCGGCGUUGAAGCUACAGACACAAACGAGCUGGGCAUCCCUGGGGUCCGGAGUCGACAUACGCACAAGAUGAGCGAGAUACCUUUAGUGCUGAAAGAUACAAAAUCUUUCAAUCUGAUACUUGUAGAACAGGCUGCAUUCUGGCAAGGAGUCGAACAUGAUAAGGAUCUGGUCUAUCUACGCUCUGUGAUCAGCAACGAUGGAAGCCUGGCGAUACGCGCGCCCAGUGAUGCAGCAGCACGCGAGGCAGUGAUAUCAAGGAUGCAACAGUCGUCGGACUGGAAUACAACUGGCCUGACCCAGGAUGAAGGCUAUAUUGUCCUCUUCCCACGCCCUCCAACCCCUGCUUCGCUGGGAUCAACCCCGGUCUUCCUUCUAACAGCCGGCUCCCCCAUCGGUCAGUUCCAGACCAGUAUAGAGCAAGUCUUUUCCAGUCAAGGAAUGAAUGUCCGCUCCAUCACGACGCAGGAGAUAGACGCCCUCAACGACUCGAUUGUCAUCUCCUGGUUGGACAUGGACUCAUCCUGGAUUCCCGCCUGGACAGCCGAUGAAUUGGCCCAUUUGCAGGCCCUCCUCAGACGUGCGCGCUGUGUUCUGUCAGUAUCACCUAUUCCUCCUUGUGGGGAGGCAUCAAGCGAUACACAGACCGUCUCUGGGAUAUCGACGGGUCUCCUGCGUACCCUUCGCAAUGAAUAUCCCCAUCUCAGCCUUCCCCAUGUCCAAAUCGACUUAGAUGAUUCUCCUGAUGAGCUGGCCAGGGGAUUGUCAAGAGUCCUCCAGCGCACACUAUCACCAUCGGGACACAAAGACACCCGGGUGUGCGAUUAUGAAUACCGUCUGACACAGGGACAGAUACUAGUUCCGCGACUUCUAGCCCUUGACCAGGUCGACGACGUCUUGCAGGGGAUCCUUUAUGGUCCUCAACCAACUCCGGGGCGACUAGUCAGCGACUCUCGACCGCUGCAAGAGAUUACAGACGAAGAGGGAAGCCGAUGGGUAGAGAAUGAGCUCCCCUCCCUGGCCUCUGAUAUUAUUGAAGUGCAGAUUCACCUCCAGACGAGCGGGAUCUCAUCUUCCGGUCCAGAGGGGAGAGUCUCUGCUGCAGAGGCUGUUGGCACGAUCAUCCAGCUGGGCGACGAGGUGGGCACUGACCUGGCAGUCGGCGAUGUUGUCAUCCUUCUUCUAAUUCCGGCUUCUGCAGCAGUCAAACUACCCCCUGGGCUUACCCCAGCACAGGUCGUGGGCGUCGGCAUAGCCUAUACCAUGGCAUAUAUGAGUCUUAUCCACAGUGCUGUUCAUCAACCGCUGCUCCUGGUUGGGCAAUGGGGCAGCCAGACGCUCCGGGCGCUCGUAAAUGUCGCCGUCGCCAUCGGCUACCCGCAGACGAAGAUUCAUAUCGCCGGUAUCUCUGACCCCAAAGAGGAGCGCGCAAGAGCGGAACUACGCCAGUUAUAUCCCGAUAUUCAUCUCCUGCCACUCGACGGUGGACUGGACGCCCGUCUAGCCCAGCUGACCGCAUCUCGGGGCGUUGGAAGGGUGGUUUCAUGUCUUGCAGAUCCCUGGGCCCGUUCGGCGGCCCGUUGUCUGGCAGUUGGCGGCACCUAUAUCAAUCUCGGGGGCGAGAUGCACCCCAACAGCUUGCCAGGCACCUUCUGGACACAGGGAAGGACGCUGUCCACCCCAGACCUGGAUCUUAUCCUUCGCCAUCAGCCAGAGGAGGCAUGCGCUUUAUUCCGGGCGGCCAUCUUGCUGUUUGGCUCUUCCCAGCCAGACACACUCCGUCCAGCUAUGAUUGUCCCUGUUGCCAGCAGGAACCAUGUCAGUAAGACCGACGAUAGAAUUGUUCUCGAUCUCAUGGGCCCUGGACAAGUAUCUAUCGUGCCCCGACCACCCCCCGCCAUAACCCUAAACCCGCAUCAUACCUUUGUGCUGGCGGGGGGACUGGGCACGCUCGGCGUGGCCCUGGCGCACACCCUCCAUGAAUGCGGCGCUCGGCAUCUGGUGUUUCUUUCACGCUCAGGGCAUGUUUCAGAGACUCUGCAGCCGGGCGUCGAGGCGCUCAAGCAGAAUGGCGGGCGUGUAGAUAUUGUGUGUUGUGAUAUCACUCGCCGCGAGGCUGUUGAGCAGUUUGUUGCCGCUGCCAGAGAGCAGAAGUGGCUGAUCAAAGGCGUGCUUCAGUGUGCCACGGUCCUUAGGGAUACCAUGUUCAAAGAUAUGACGUUCAAUCAGUGGACGGAAUCGACUGCGUGCAAGAUACAAGGCACGCUUAACCUUCACCGCGCCCUGGCUGAUGCUGGCCUGGCCUUCUUCAUUGCCUUGUCGUCGGUGGCCAGUGUGAUAGGCAAUAUGGGCCAAGGCAACUACUCGGCAGGGAACAGCUUCAUGGACACGCUGAUGACCUGGCGCCGCACCUGCGGCCUCUCCGGUCACAGCAUCAAUAUCGGCUUGGUGGUGGACGGGAGUGGCCAGGGGGAGGCUGAAGUAACCCUCGAGGAGCGUCGUCGACGAUAUCGCUUCCUACAGGGGACGGAGAUCCUGACGCGGGAAGUGCAGGGUUUGAUCAAGGUGAUUUUGCAGCAGCAUCAGUCUCCCUCCUCCCUGCCUGCCCAGAUCAUCGCAGGGAUCCAUGAUGAUCUACCGCGCGACACCGACGAUGCCCCGGCCUGGCAGCGGGAUCGCAAGUUCGGCCAUCGGAUCGUGCAGAGUCAUGACGAUGGCGACUCGACUGUGUCUCCUGACUCCAUUUCCCCGGCUGGUCGGCUGAAACAGGCCACAUCUCUUGAAGAUGCCGGUAUGUAUGUGGAACAGGCUUUCAAAGAGUAUCUUGCCAAAGCCAUGAUGGCGACUCCGGAUGUCAUUGAUCCAGAGCUGCCGCUGUCUGCACUCGGAGUCGACUCGUUGAAAGUGACCGAGGUCCAGCAGUGGGUGUCCCACACUCUGGGAUCCGAUCUGUCUUCAUUUGAAUUUCUCGCAUCGCAGCCGUUGAAGCAGUUGGCAGAGAAGAUUGCCAGCACAAGCACCCUUGUCAAUACGUCAAAGUAUUAG